UCCCACAUUGACAGCGGGGCUACUCGAAAGCUUGUAGGUCGUAUGCUUUGCUUUGUGUGAUACGGGAAGCUGCUCAACGUUUUGUAGCGCUAUAUGAAGUCGACAUUGUGAUAAGGACUUUUUUCCAUCUUUCCUUUCAAAAAGCUGAGUUUAUAAUUCGGCAAAUAGAGAUGAAGAAUCUACUCCCUUGGAUAGUCCUGACGUUUUGGAUAUUUUUAGAGUGUAUAGAGGCCAAGAAGUCUUGCUGGUAUUUUGAAGGUGGAUACCCCAUCUACUUUAUAUGCCGCUCGUACGAGGACUGCUGUGGCACGCGCUGCUGCGUCCGAGCCCUCUCCAUCCAGCGGCUAUGGUACUUCUGGCUGAUGCUGAUGAUGGGGGUGCUGUUCUGCUGCGGAGCGGGCUUCUUCAUCCGUAGGCGCAUGUACCCCUUGCCCCUCAGUGACGAGCCCGCCUUCAACGUCUCCUUCACCAGGCAUCCCGUAUCCACGCCAGUAUCCCAGCAACCUGGCAUGGUGGGCUACGGCGACCCUGGCGUCAUGACAUCACCCCUUACCCCCACCUACCCCAUCCAGCCCGGCCCUGCCCACAUGAGCGCCUACCCUCCACCGCCCUCGUACUGCAACCACCCACCCCCGCCCUACGAACAGGUGUUCCGGACACCAGAGAAGAGGUAAAGGCUGGCGGUCACGGCGUCAUUGACGGAGACCAUUGGCGUCCCCUCCGUUUCUUCUCCUUCAUGGUGACCUCAUCGCGAGCAGAACUGACAGGACAAGGAGAGGAGGGGACAUCUACAAUCUGUCUGCCACUGUUAUACCUUCACCAUCAGACCAAGUCCUAGGGACAAGAUAGACAACCACCUUUAGAGACAAACUGGCUUCUGGGGACCUGUGCUGCAGGCGGUGGUCUUCUGGGGACCUGUGCUGCAGGCGGUGGUCUUCUGGGGACCUGUGCUGCAGGCGGUGGUCUUCUGGGGACCUGUGCUGCAGGCGGUGGUCUUCUGGACAAAGACGGGCUGAAUUUAUCUCCGUAUCUCCAUGGCUUGGAUUUCACUGUCAUUCACCCUUCCUCUAUCUUGCCCACUUUUUUCACAAAAGCAUAACUAUCCACCUCAGUCUUUUCUGCUGGCAAUGCCAUCUUGAUGGGCAUGGUCUUGCCUGUGACUGUGAUAUGUACUGAGUCGCUCACAGACUCCUGUAGAUGGGUGUUCAUGCCACAGACACCAAACUGUGGAAGUCAAUGACGAAAGCUUACCCAAGAUCAGCACCUUGCUUUUAGAUUCAUAUCGAUUCAAGUAAACAUUAGGGUAGAGAAGCUGAUCCAGGACCGAGGGCAUAAGACCAACCACUAUCUAAACUGUACAGGAGCAAUAGCAAAUUUGAGUUGAAAGACACCUUGGAGAAGUUGAAAACAAAAGGCGUUUAAAUGGCUUAAAAGGUUCAAAGACUUUCCUAUUAUGAGGCUGAAUAAUUGGGCUUCUCUCUGUGUUCGCCUAACACUGAGAAAAUGUUAAAUAGACAAUAAACACUUGUCAGCAUGCGUUGUGCAAAUUGUGCCCAUUUGCUGUGAAGGGAAAGGAAACCGACCUGGAUUUAUCGGACCUAUUAUGUGCGCUGGAGAGAGCGGUAAUUAUGAGAGGCCGAUUUGUUUGCAACGUUUCAUUCACAUUAUGGAUGCGUGUGUGUAUUCCUGUGGUGCUGACCGUGGCGAUUCGGCGCUCUGGAUCGGGACACCACAAACUGGCAGGGAAUGUGUAGUUCAGUUGGUUGAGCAUGGCGCUUGCAACACCAGGGUUGUGGGUUCAAUUCUUAUGGGGGACCAGUACAAAAAAUGUCGGAAACUGUAUGCACUCCCUGCUGUAAGUCACUCUGGAUAAGAGCGUCUGCUAACUGACGAAAAUCUAAAUGUAGAAUCAAAUCAACCAGACGGACCCCCAAUUGAGACCAAGUCACGUGGUUUCAAAUGACAAUUUGUCAGUGACUGCAUGGGUAUGGUGAAACCUACCACAACUCUACCUACGCCAUAUUCUCUAAGCAUCCAUUUCCACUCGAAGCGAGAUGUGAUCCCCAUAGAAGUUCACACAUGUUUCUCAGAUAGACUUCAGUUUGUACAGUAAGGAGCUCAACCAGAAUGAGGAUUAACCCAAAACGAUAUGUUUGUUUCACACACGCACGCAGGUUGCAACUGGAUUACAUUUUCCAUAUGGGAAGCUUUUCUGACUGAUGGCCCAUCCCAGUGAAACUGCUUACUUACCUGAUUCUCAAUUUCUGUGCUGCAAUAAUCUCUAGACAAAGUAGUGGUAGUCACAAAAGCUAGCUGCACUCUUUCAGUAGCCUAGUUCCUCAAACACCAUGUACCAUCUGUUCGCCAUUUAAACAUCUCACGUUAGAAUGUUGACGACCAACUGGUUCUGCGUAGGUAGGUACAGCGCUGUACACCUUUACUGUGGUAAAAAUGGUUUUCAUGUAUGAAUCUGAAACCCUUUCUGCAUUUCAGAGUAAAAAAAUGGUUUUCAUGUAUGAAUCUGAAACCCUUUCUGCAUUUCAGAGUAAAAAAAUGGUUUUCAUGUAUGAAUCUGAAACCCUUUCUGCAUUUCAGAGUAAAAAAAUGGUUUUCAUGUAUGAAUCUGAAACCCUUUCUGCAUUUCAGAGAGUAAAAAAAUGGUUUUCUUUCACAUAAACAAGCUAUCAAGCUCACAUGUAGAAUGUGUACUAGAGGUCCCAUGUCCCAAUGGUUGACCAGGUCCUCAAGCUGGCACUGACCAUUUGGGUGAAAGUACCAGGAUAUGUUCUUCUGUUUACACUUAUUUGUCAGAGUGGAUCAGGCACUCAACCCCUCCACAAAGGCAAUCAUGUGGAAAUGUCCUAAGAUAGGGCGUUGACUCUUUUCUGGGCAGGAUAUGGGACAUUACCAUCUGUUAAAACAGAUCGAACUAACCACCCAGUGUUAACGAUACAACUGUCAUUGACUUGGAAUGUCCUUCAGGAUGUUGCUCCAUUUGUAGAUGUUAGCCGGCAAACUGGGUACGUAGACCCUAUUAGAGCAGAACCAAGGAGGGAGAUGUAAUUUAUGGUAAGUGUUACUAUUGGAUGAUGUGUAUACGUUUGGCUAAUAUGACAUGUCUCUAUUUGAUAAUUUAACUAUGCAACCAAGGUUUAAAAUGUAAUUUGUAGAGCUAGAGUUAGGAUUUGCUUUUACUGUUGUACCAGACGGUUGGUUUUCGCCAUUUUACAUUACAAAAAAAUCGAAAUGAUCCAUCCAUGAUAUGGUUAAUAAAGUUU